GGCACCCCACUCCCAACCACUUUUCAUCAAAUCCAUGGUGGCUGAGGAAACGGCCCCCAUUGGCUUAGAAGAUCUUAAGGAUUACUUUCCGCGUGGCAGGGGCUGAGGAGGAAGCACUGAGUCCUUGCUGCCUUCCCGCAACAGAACUCGCCGGGAGAGUCUUGUCUCACUCUGGGCAUGUGUCCAUCAGGAAAACGCUGGUCUCUGCCCCCAGGAGGGCAGUCUGUGACCCAAAUUGGUGCCCCCAUUUUGGUCUCUCUGGCCAACAAGGCCAUUUCCUUCGACUGCAGAAUCACGUACCCGGACAGCCCCAAAUUCAGGGACUUCACAACCUGGUACUUUCACGUGGACCUCCAGAAACGGGAGAGCCCCAAGGAGCAGAUGAAAUGCUCACCCGACCUGGCCAAAGAGAACCAGACGCACACCCUGCAAUGCCGGGUCACCCCCACGAUGCCCAGCGCGUCGGCCACUGGUACCUACUACUGCUCCGUGGACUGGCAGGACUUGAAAAUAAUCAGCGAAGGCAUCUUCAUCCUGGUCAGAGACGCAGGGUACCGAGCCCCCGCGCAGGACUCCCAGCUGCUCCUGCUCUCCGGCUUCACGGGCCUCCUGACCGCGCUGAGCAUCUUGGUCACAGCCCUGCUGCUCUGGAAGAAGAAACGGAGACAGACUCCUCGGAAGAAGCCCGCCCAGAAGGGCUCGGCCCCGGGCGCCCGCGGCCAGCAGCAGCCUCUGGACGAGUCCGUCUACACGGCCCUGCAGUGCGGAGACACUGAAGUCUACUCCUGCCUCCAGAAUGAGGCCCGCAGGCAGCCGCCCCCCCAGAGCCUCCUCUCACAGGAGAAACCGCAAGGAUUUACGGAUGACAGUGAAUUUAACAUGGUCUAUGAAAACCUCUAGAACGGGAACCACUGGCCCAUUGGUCUGGGCCUGGAUCUGGGGCCCCAUGCAGCCCCUCCCUCCACAGGAUUGGCCCCAUACCAGGAGCAAGGCCCCAGGGGUGCCCCAUCACCUCACCUCCCACAUUCGAGGCACUUCAAGCCUCGGUCUGCCCCCAACCCCCCAUUCUGUGCCCCAGCCAUACCCACUGAGCAUCUCACAUCUGGCCUUUGCCCCGCUCUUCCCUGUCCACCAGCCCUCCCUCCAUCACCAUGGGUUCUCUGGGACCUCCCCCUCCCCAAGCCCUCCGCACUUUCUCAGGAUCCACAGGCUCGCUCACCGCCAGCCUGCCCCGCACGCAGACUCUAAGGCCAGCCAUGGGCAAGGGACCCUUGUCCCUGCUGUGAGCACGAGCAUCAGUGGGGACCCUUAAAGGACCAAUUACACGAAUGCCCCCUGCCCAGCUGGGUUGAAGGCACAAGG